AAUACAUUGUGUUGAAUGACCACUCUGAAUCUGUUCUCUACAGGUGAUGACCUCAUGCACAAUGUGGACCUGUACAACCGGGCCCAGUCCAAGUGGUUUGAGGAGAUGGUCACCACAAGCCUGGAGCUGGAGAGACUUGAGGUUGAGAGGGUGGAGAUGAUACGACAAGAUUUACGCCAGUACACAACGCUGCGACAUGAAACUGACAUGUUCAACCAAAGUGUGAGCCAUGUGUCCAUUUCACUUACAGUACAAGUGGCGGUUCCCUUGAGUCAGCCUGACAGAACAUGUGGCUGUUUGCUGGAGUCAGACAACCAAUCUGACAGUCAUGACAGCCUGGACUCAAGGGUAGAAUACGGUCACCGUAACCGACCUUGACGUAACAUAGUAAAAGUACACCCCAAUUAGCAUGAUAUGUUA